AUGCUAGUAUUUUUAGAUGAGAGUAGUUUUGAUAAAAGAAUUCGUAGACGUUUUGGAUACAGUUUUCGUGGUACGAGAGCCCAAAUUAAAAGAAAGCACACUAACUGGGGGCCAAGAAUAACUGCUAUACCAGCUAUAUCAACUGAGGGUAUUCUAGAUGUUGGAAUCUAUAGAGGGAAAGUCAACGAAGGAACAUUCUUGACAUUUGUACGAAAUGUGCUUGCCCCUGUGCUUUUGCCAUUCAACGGCGAAAAUCCGCGCUCAAUUGUCGUUAUGGACAAUGCAGCCAUACAUCACACSGAUGCUGUAAUCAAUGCAAUCAAUCAGACUGGUGCUUUGAUCCUAUUUUUGCCACCAUACAGCCCAGAUUUCAAUCCAUGCGAAAAUCUAUUUUCACAGACCAAAAGCUGGAUCAAGGAGAAUGAUAUGAUUUGGCGUUCGUGUGAUUUUCCAGAAAAUAUGGUUUUUGAAGCUUUCCUGAAUAUCAGUGACGAUAACGUUAGGAAUUGCAUCCGUCAUGCCGAGUACAUUUAG